AUGGACGAGAAGCCAACCACCAGGAAAGGCCCUGAUUUCUGCUCAUUACGCUGUGGGCUGGCCCUCAUCAUGCACUUCUCAAAUUUCACCAUGAUAACCCAGCGUGUGAGUCUGAGCAUUGCCAUCAUCGCCAUGGUGAACAGCACUCAGCAGCAUGGUCCCUCUAAUGCCUCCACAGAGGGGCCUCUUUCAGACACCCUCAGUAACCCCAACAGAUCCCUCAAGGAAUUUAAUGCAAAGACCUCUGUGUAUCAGUGGAGCUCAGAGACUCAGGGUAUCAUCUUCAGCUCCAUCAACUACGGGAUAAUACUGACUCUAAUCCCAAGUGGAUACUUAGCAGGAAUAUUUAGAGCUAAACAGAUACUUGGUGCUGGUUUGCUGAUCUCUUCCCUUCUCACCCUCUUUACGCCACUGGCUGCUGACUUCGGAGUGAUUUUGGUCAUUGUGAUUCGGACAGUCCAGGGCAUGGCCCAGGGAAUGGCAUGGACAGGUCAGUUUACAAUUUGGGCAAAAUGGGCUCCUCCACUUGAACGAAGCAAGCUCACCAGCAUCGCAGGGUCAGGGGCAGCGUUCGGGUCCUUCAUCAUCCUCUGUGUAGGGGGACUAAUCUCGCAGGCCUUGGGCUGGCCUUUUGUCUUCUACAUCUUUGGCGGCAUUGGCUGUGUCUGCUGUCUCCUGUGGUUCACAGUGAUUUAUGAUGACCCCAUACAUCACCCAUGCAUAAGUGUCAGGGAAAGGGAACACAUCGUGUCCUCACUGGCUCAACAGUCCAGUUCUCCCAGACGAUCUGUCCCCAUAAAGGCUAUGGUCAGAUGCCUACCACUUUGGGCCAUUUUCACAGGGUUCUUCAGCCAUUUCUGGUUAUGCACCAUAAUCAUAACGUACCUACCAACGUACAUCAGCACAGUGCUCCAUGUUAACCUCAGAGAUAGUGGAGUUCUGUCCUCCCUGCCUUUUAUUGCUGCCUCAAGCUGUACGAUUCUAGGAGGUCAGUUGGCAGAUUUCCUUCUGUCCAGGAAUCUUCUCAGGUUGAUCGUUGUGCGAAAGCUCUUUUCGUCCCUCGGGCUUCUCCUCCCAUCGCUGUGUGCUGUGGCCCUGCCCUUCGUGGCUUCCAGUUACAUAGCAACCAUUAUUUUGCUGAUACUUAUUCCUGGGACCAGCAACCUGUGUGACUCAGGGUUUAUCAUCAACACCUUAGAUAUUGCCCCCAGAUAUGCAAGUUUCCUCAUGGGAAUCUCAAGGGGAUUUGGGCUUAUCGCAGGAAUCGUCUCUUCCACUGCCACCGGAUUCCUUAUCAGUCAGGAUUCUGAAUCCGGAUGGAGGAAUGUCUUUUUCCUGUCUGCUGCUGUCAACAUGUUUGGCCUGGUCUUUUACCUCAUGUUUGGACAAGCAGAAAUCCAGGACUGGGCCAAAGAAAGUACCAUCACCCACCUCUGA